AGUGGACGGUGCGUGACACAGCUAAACAGACGAGGAUCUUCACAAACAAGGCAACGGACGUCAGGGGCUCUGUAAUUAAACUACAGACUAAAACACUUUGAAAAAUUAUAGAGUUAUAUUGGCUGGAAGAAUACAUUGACUUUCUUUUUACAAAACCAAAGACCGAGAAGAAAGCCGCGACUGAAUAAAAACCAGUCAUUUUCAUCAGAAGACCCAUUAAAAAAAAUGGAGUUUCCAGAUUUGGGAGAGCACUGCUCCGAGAAGACCUGCAAGCGUUUAGAUUUUCUUCCAAUGAGAUGUGAUGCCUGUCAGGAGAUUUUCUGCAAGGAUCACAUCACCUAUGCAAAUCACAAAUGUACAUCAUCCUACAAAAAGGAUGUCCAGGUUCCAGUUUGCCCGUUGUGUAAUACUCCCAUUCCCAUCAAAAGAGGCGAGAUGCCCGACAUAAAAGUGGGAGAACACAUCGACCAGGACUGCAAAUCAGACCCUGCGCAAAGAAAGAGAAAGAUAUUCACAAAUAAAUGUUCUAAAGGUGGCUGUAAACAAAAGGAAAUGAUACGAGUGACCUGCGACCAGUGUCAUUUAAAUUACUGUCUCAAACAUCGACACCCACUAGACCACGACUGUAAGACUGACGGGAAGUCUCUUUCCAAAUCUGGACAUGCUGCUGUAAUGAGGUCUCAAGAUGCUUCCUCUUCGUCUGCCUCUAGUUCUCGUUCAUCUGCUUCAGGAAACCCUCGGCCUGUUUCUAAUGGCGUAACUGUAAACAACAGAGCUUACAGCUCAGGCUCUACCCCGCGGAUUCCCACAUCCGUUUCAGCACAGAAUGUAAUUCCUCCCUCGGCGUCCUUUCAGGCCGGCAUGACAGAGGAGCAGGCUUUACAAAGAGCACUGGAGAUGUCUUUGGCUGAUUCGAGGCCAGCUGCUCAACCAACCCUCAGCCCUCAGGAGCAGGAGGACCAGGCCCUGGCUCAGGCUCUGGCCGCCAGCGAAGAAGAAUACCGACGCCAACAACAAAGACAACAGCAGCAGAUGAAAGGCUAAUUUACAUCAAAUUUCUAAUAGGUUUUUGAAAAUGUGUGGAUGAAAGUUCUUUGUUUCUAACUGGGCUUUUUUUCUCCUUUCUCUUUAGGGAAGAGAGACCAAACAUUCCCCCUGCUGCCUUUCUUAGUCUUGGAGCCCCAUUUAUGCUUCAAGCUGUGCUAAUUGUUUGCUAGAUAAUGUACUUCUCAGAUGUCAGUACCCAGAAUGAUUGAUUGUUCCAUGAAGAAUUGCUCUUGAAAGUUGCUGCAAUCUUGCCACCUUCCACAUAUAAGCACAUACACUUUUCAGCAGGAUCUGUCAUUUUUAAUGAAUUAGUUGUUGUUGUAAAUAUUUUAUAUGCCAAUCAGGAUGACUCUAUUAUAAUAUAAAUAUUGAAUAAAUUAAAGGUGCACUUAAAUUUUAACUUUGUCCUUUGAGUGUAAUUUAAUGCAACUCAUCUAAAGUGCUAAGUCUUGUUGUUAAGGCGGAUCAGGACGUCCAUCAGAGGAGUGAGGUGGAAUAAAUUUGCCCAUGCUUUUAGUGGGAAAUGUCA